AUGUCAUCAGAAGAACCGGACAGUAAACGCAGAAAACCCAAUGAGGCGGUUGCAGAGAAUGUUUCAUCCAUGAUCAUCAAUGAUACUACUGUGUCACUCAUUGUCACUCCCUCCAAAGAAUCAUCCGAGGAAGAAUCGAAGGUGACCGAACCAGAGGCUGCCGUAGACAAUAAGGAUACCAACACUCGGAAUACUGUCGGAAAUCAAAAUACCAGACACAACAGCGAGCAGAACAAACCAAACAACGAGGAAAAGGAGGAGAAAGAACAAGAAUCGGAGGAACAGGAAGAAGCGGAGGAGAUAGAUAACCCAGCUGUGAAACAGCUCUUUCAAGAUUUACGAUUGGCCAAGUCAUGUGAUGCAGCUACUGAAGUAAUAGAAAAGCUGUUGCAAGAGUUACAUACCGGAGACGCAGAGGUUUAUAACCCAGAAGAAGUAUCAGAUUCGUAUUACUACGGUGAUACAAUUUCUCUUCCCGUUGCCAAGUUCAUUGUGAAAUCCAGUGGCGUCUUUACCAUUUUGAUGGCUUUGAACGAGUUUCUUCUUUCACGAUCGUAUAUGUUCAACUGCAAGGCUGUCCGUCUUUUACAUUUGCUAUCUCAUUCGGUCCCAGCAGCGUGCGGGCAACUUCUUGAUGCAGGUGCCAUCCGCAGCUUGCUGAAACUUAAUGCAUGCUCUGAAAUGAGUGUCGCAGCCCGGAGUUUGUUGGAUCGUGAACGGAUAAAAAUGAACGCUGCGUACUCAUUAAAGUCCAAUACGAUUGGUAUCUUGUGGAUUUUGGUUGAUACGUUGGAUUGGAGCGUUUGCAAGGAAACAGUUACAAAAGAAACCCUGGAUUUUGUCCUUUCAACAAUGAAAAAGUACCCGAAAGAUGUGCACACGCAAGAUGUUGGCAUCGACUACUUGCACCUAGUGGGACUUGAGGGGGGUCCAGACAUCCUAAGUAUGUUGCGAGAGAAGCAAGUUGGAUAUCGUCUUGUGGCUGCCUUGAAUUAUUUUCAAGAUGAAGACUCUGACGGCGUCGGAGUCAAAGGGAGGGCCCAAAAAGCCCUACAAUGGUACUCGUCCAUGUACUAA